AUGGCGAGAACUACAUUAAAUAAUUACUUGUUGCCUCAGCAAUCCAACUCCAUCGCUGCAAGAGCGCAUCAUCAUCCGGCAUUUGUCGCAGUAGCUAGCGUCUCAUGUACCAAAAUACGGGAUCAUCCUGAUGGUUAUUAUUGCCUUGCAUCUGUUAAAAGCGCGAGACAAUUUGCCACCAUUUUUGCCGAUAAAGCUGUUAUUAUUUCGCAAGAUGAUAAGGCGAAAAUAGGUCUUGGAGUACCCGCUGUAGGUUGGCCAUUUCGCACUUUACAAUCAGUACAUGAGCCUGUUAGCGUGGCUAAUCAUGAUUUUUCUCUAGAAAAUGGGCAAAAGUUAGUUCCAUCAGUUUAUCUUAUGAUAAAACUAAAUGAAUCGAACGAUGAGUUACGAAUAGGACAACUUUCAAUCUUUUCAUGGAUCAAAAACCAUUGUAAUUUAUGUCUAUAUUCUCUUGAUAUUAAACGUUGUACAAAUGCAAGUUGUUGUGGGCCAUCUCGUGCAAAAGAAGCUACAGAUUUUCUCUUGAAUAAUGGUUUUUUGCCUCCAAUUACGAAAGCUAAAGAUGAACAUUUUACAAAUCCCAUACAUCUCCUUGAGUAUUAUGACCUCUUGAAAAUUCCUGGGUAUGAUUCACAUUGUUCAUCACUUGAUCAAACAACCUAUUCGUGCCUUCGUUGCUCAGUGUGCAACAAAUACUUUCCAACUCUUGCUUAUUUGACAAAACAUAAAAAAGCAAUGCAUACAGCAAGCUGGGGACGACCUAAGAGAAAAUCCAAGAAUAAUUCAAAUUCUCUUGAUGAUUCCUCUCUUCUCACUUCACAACAAAACGAAAUGUGUUAUGAUUUUAAUGAAUAUGCAGAAAUUAAUUUUUUAAACAAUAAUCUUGAAUGUUUACGGUAUUGGCCAUCUGAUAUUAAAAUUGAUAAUGCAAUUAGUAUAGGUUAUGAGAGAGCUAUUCACCUAGCAAAAUAUUUGGAAAUGACAGCUAUACCAGAUGAUGCUUAUUAUUUUAAUAUUCAUAAGAGAUUUCCAGAUUUACAGCUUGAUGAUUUUUGGAAUGAUGAUCCAAAUCCUAGAAUUAUGGAUAGUAAUGAUGAAUUUAAUGUGGAUAAUUUGUCAACUAAUCAAUAUAUAAAUCACACAAUAUCUAAAAUGAAUAUAAAUCGAGAAAAAGAAAUUAAUUCUAAUGAUUCGCAAAUUACAUUUCUGAUGAAAAAAAAUUAUAAUUGGGGACCCGCACAGCAAAAGCCGGGGCUCGGCUGA